AUGGGAGGUGGGAAAAGCCAAAAAGGUGGCAAGCAUGGCUUCAUCGGCAGGACGCUGGCGCACGAUAUCCUCGCCAGGCAGGCGAAGCAGGACGAUUCGAUGCUCGGCGAUCGCCCAUACCGACCAGUGGAGCACUCAGUGGUGGAGCGCAAAAGCUUGGAUGAGUUUACGCUCGCCGCAGAACACGGUCUGGAGACUUAUCUGAGCACCCGUGGCGGCACCAGGGAGGUGCUCGCAUCGGACUUCAACACCCAACUCGCGCGUAUCGUAGACUACUCGGAAUCGAAGGAUGACAGGGUGUUUCCAGCCGUGCCGAUACCACGCAGAUGCCUCUUCUUCAACGAUGAGCAGAGGGAAACCAUCGCCAAACUUAUCAAACAGCGGGAGCACGCACAACACGUUAGGGAGAAACGGGUCAACAAACGCAGGAACAAAAAACUUGUUGACAUGUAUAUGCACGGAUCAGGGCCGAAACCGGUCAAUGGCAUGUUUGAUCCGCUGAAGUUGCGUACAAAAAUGAAAAACGCAUCGCGUGGAAACGUGGUUGGGAGUGGCAGCGACAGUGAAGACCUUAGUGACUUCGAUUUGGAAGACGAUGAGGAGGGGGAAGAAGAACCCGGUUACGCAACUGACGAAGAAGAUGAAAGCUCGGAUGAGUCUGAGGGGUCAUCGGAAUACGACAGCGACGAUCAGGAAGAUUCAUCCGAAGAUUCCGAAAAUGAGGAUAGGAAUGACGCUGCAAAAACGCCAGCGCCACCUUCACGAUCGAAGCGCUCCGUAAGGUUUGCUGAACCUCUCCACAGUUCUGCUGGCGCCACCAAAACUCACCGCCAACCGGCUGGAAGCGCACUUAAAUCGGGGCAUAUGGGCGUCUUUAAGGCAAGAGCCAACAUAACGAAGCGCACCUCGCAGGCAGAUGAUGGCAGUGAUGAGGAGUACGACGAUAUUUCGGAGGAGGAUUACAGCGAUGAUGAUGACUGGGAGGAGGAGGAAGAAGAAGAAGAUGAUGAAGACGACAGUGGUUUCGAGACCGAGGAGAUUGUGGAGACACCCCCUCCCGAAGCUUCCGCACCUGCGUCUGCGGAAAGUAGCGGAGAAAAAAUACCCGAAUCGCAGCCAAACCGAAAUGUCAAACAGUUCGUACGAGACCUCAAAUACGUGAAGGAAUAUAAAACGGCAAUAGAGCACGAGGUAUCUAGCGUAGACAUAAGCAAGAUGGAUGCCAACGAACUCAACCGCGUCGAAACCAAAUGCUUCUACACGUGGAGGAAGCUGCUGGCACAAAUUGAAGAUGAGGAGGAGAGAAUUGUAACACCUUACGAAAAGAACAUCGAGUUCUGGAGGCAGCUGUGGAGGGUGAUCGAACGCAGCCACAUCCUGCUGAUUAUAAUCGACGCAAGGGACCCCUUGUUUUACAGGGUGCCUGACCUCGAAACGUAUGUCAAAGAGGUCGACAACAGGAAGGAAACCAUACUCGUGCUCAACAAGGCGGACUAUCUCUCCCUGGAACUGCGGAAGGCAUGGGCAGACUACUUCAAAUCACAGGGCAUCGAUUUCGUGUUCUUCUCCACAAUUUGGGGACAGAAUGUCAGGCCGCAUGCAGAAGCUGAGCAGCAGCAAGAGGAUCCCUCCUGCAAGGUCUACAAUGUGCCCAUGUUGUUGGAAAAAAUUAACGGGUACCGCCAACGUCAGGCGGCUUUGUUCUCCGAACUUAAUGAUGCGGAUAAUGCAGAGAUGCCAUUGUACACUGUGGGCUUUGUAGGAUACCCCAAUGUGGGUAAAAGUUCCCUCAUCAACUGUCUCAUGGAGGCCACGAAAACCAACGUGAGCUGCCAACCGGGGAAAACGAAACACCUGCAAACCCUGCCGUUGAAAAAAGAAAAUAUCACGCUCUGCGAUUGUCCGGGGCUUAUCUUCCCCAAUAUUGUGUCGACGAAGCACCACCUGCUGAUAAACGGCAUUGUCGCAACUGCCCAUUUCAGAGGCAGCCUAAUAUUUGCAGUUCAGCUCAUAUGUAAUCGCAUACCGAAACAGCUCUGCGAACGCUACGACGUGGAUCGAGCGGAAUGUGUCAUACUCGGAAGGGACAACAAACCGAUUCUCUUCAGCCAAAAGUUCCUCGAAUUCAUUUGCCACAGUAGGAAAUUCUACUCCGGAGGCAAGGGUGGACAGCCUGAUCUCGGAAGAGCUGCUAAACUUGUUGUGAAGGACUACGUCAACGGCAGCCUGCUGUAUUGUGCAUGGCCCCCGACGUGCAGGCAACUCAUGGUGGAGUUUGAAACAGAGCAAACUAAGGACCUAGCCGAAUCCUUAAGCAACCUGAAUAUCGUAGGCAAAGGAACGGGAAGGCUAAAUAAUGACAUGAAAGUGUCGAGCGAGGUCAAGCGAGAGGAAUCGAAGCUCCAGCAGUGGCUUAUGGCCACGGGAGAAGACAUACCCGAGGUAAAAGAAAAGCCCAUGACCAAACGCAAAAUGCGAUUCCUCAUCAAAGGAAAGCGCAAAACUGACAAGAAGAAAACCGCCGAACCUUAUGCUUAA